AUGGCAAACAUCCGCUCCCUGGCUGGCCUCCUUGUCGUCCUCAGCUUUGUCCAGACUAGCUGCCAGGUUCCUCUUCAAGACAUCUCAAGCUCGGAGACAGACGAUGAUUUAGCGAGGAGACACUCGGAGGGAAUGUUCGCCAACGACGAGCGCGAAUAUCUUGAAGACCGGAAAGCUUGGGACUUUGUUCACUGGCUGAUGAACAACAAGCGGAGCGGCGCCGUGGAGAAGCGCCACGCCGAGGGGACGUACACCAGCGACGUCAGCUCGUACCUCCAGGACCAGGCGCUCAAAGACUUUGUCUUUGAGCGCAUGACGGGCUCGCGUCAGGACCGAUCCGAAGAGAGUAGGGGAACAUGGGACGCCAAGAUGCACGAUCGGGCGUUCAACCGCAGACGGCACGUGGACGGAAGCUUCACCAGCGACGUCAACAAGGUCCUGGACUCCAUGGCGGCCAAGGAGUAUUUACUCUGGGUCAUGACCUCCAAGUCUUCAGGGGAGAGUAAGAGAAGACAAGCCGAGCACUGA